AUGCCGCCCGCUACCCCCGGACCGUCGAUGUUCAAGCAGACACUAUCCCUCUCCCGACUCCCCAAGGAAUUCUUUACAUGUCGCCAAUGCCUACAGAAGCCGCUCGCUCCGAUAACUACGCGACAAUGGAUAGGGACAAGCCAAUUCAAAGGCACACCGAAGUAUACCUCUAGCCUUUUGGCUGCGUUUCGGAAGCAGCCCGUGAAACCUACAAUACCAAAGUCCUUUUUCACGACCGCAACGACAACGUCAGAAGCAGCUGUUACAAAAUCCAGAUUUCCCGAUGUUAGCUCCAAGGGUGUUGCGUACUGGCUGCUGGCGAGCGCAGUCAGUGUCUUUGGCAUUGUUGUGUUUGGCGGGUUGACUCGCCUUACUGAAUCAGGACUUAGCAUAACGGAAUGGCGACCUGUAACCGGCUCUCUACCACCAUUGAACGCGGACGACUGGGAGUCCGAGUUUUCUAAAUACAGAGCAUCCCCGGAAUUCAAGCUUCUCAACCCUAACAUGACCCUCCCCGAGUUUAAGUCGAUAUAUUAUAUGGAAUGGAUCCACCGGAUAUGGGGGCGCUUCGUUGGCCUUUCUUUCGUUAUACCGGCCGUCUACUUCGUUGCAACAAAACGAGUUUCAAAACCAAUGAGUCUCCGUCUUGCUGGCAUUGCAGGUCUGAUCGGUUUCCAGGGCUUUUUGGGCUGGUGGAUGGUCAAGUCUGGAUUGAAGGACGACUUGUUCGCACCCGGCAGCCACCCCCGUGUUAGCCAAUAUCGAUUGACCGCCCAUCUAGGCGCUGCUUUUGUCUGCUAUGUUGCUAUGCUGUGGAAUGGUUUGGCUAUUCUACGAUCACACCGUCUCCUUGCGGAUCCAAUCAAGGGGCUAGAGAUUCUCCAAUCGCUGAAAAAUCCCAAACUGGCCAUCUUCCGCCGCUCUGUAGCUGGCCUUGCCCUACUUGUUUUUACCACCGCGAUGUCAGGUGGUCUCGUCGCUGGGCUUGACGCUGGUUUGAUCUACAAUGAAAUCCCAUGGAUGGGUGACGGCCUCGCUCCACCCAAGUCUGAACUACUGGAUGAAUUUUACUCGCGGAAAGAAGACCGAUCCGACCUAUGGUGGAGGAAUAUGCUUGAGAAUCCCUCUUUUGUACAGCUUGACCACCGAAUUCUGGCGAUGACCACCUUCACCUCCGUUAUGGCAUUGUGGGCAUACAGUCGCAUGCCUACCAUGAAGAAGCUGCUCCCCCGCGUGGCAAAGAAAGGUGUCCACGGAGUUGUAGCAUUUACUGCUGUACAGGUGACUCUGGGAAUUAGCACACUUCUUUAUCUUGUCCCUAUUCAUUUGGCAUCUGCCCAUCAGGCAGGCAGCUUGUUCCUCUUAACCUGGGUUAUGGUUCUGGGUAGUAGAAUAUGGCAUCCUUCUCGAACGGCAAGGCUCCUCCAACUUGCUACCAAGGCAAAACCACUGUCUUCUACCUCACAUGCUGCUUCUCUUAUAACAAAGAAGCUGUAA